CACGGGUAUAAUGGGGCUUCAAGUCUUGCCGGUUCCACAAAUUCAGUUCACCGUGAGCCACGGUCAGUCGAGUCCAGCAAGCGGGGAAAGCUAUAUAUACGGUAGCGCAACACUACCGCCAUGGGGUAUAUCAAUGAACGACUGAAGAAGGUUUCGGAGAUCAUUUCGCCAACAACCUCUGCCGCAGGUGAUCGUACUACCAACAUGACUACUACUUCUGAGCGUGUCCAAGUUCCGGAUCAGCUUCCUUGGGAUCCGAAUUGCACGCGGUUCCCCACGCGCAAGGAACUGCCUAAGAUCCCCGGGGCUCCGAAGGAUGCGGCAUGGGUUUGGGGGAAGGAUGAUCAGCUCGGACGGUUGAAUCUGCUGACGCCGGCUCGGGUCAAAGCUGCUGCUGCGGAGAUCAAGCUGGGGGAGAUGAUUCGACUUGAUCUCCCAUUGCAUAUCCCCGAGACCCCGGCCUUCGACCGCGAGCUCUUCCAGCAUCAUAUCAAGGAGCUCGUCGAGGACGUGGUCUACGACGAUACCUACACCCUGAACACGCAGAGUGGCACCCAGUGGGAUGGAUUUCGCCAUUUCGCCCACCUGGACACCAAACUCUUCUACAACGGGGCCAAAUCCACCGACUUCAAACCUCCCUCCACGACCUCCACACCCCCCUCCCCCCACAAAUGCAGCAUCCACCACCUCUCCACCCACGGCCUCGCCACCCGCGCCAUCCUUCUCGACUACCGGCACUACCACAGCACCACGCACCCCGAAAACCCCUACGACCCCUACACCUCCCACCCCAUCCCCCUAUCGGCCUUACACGCCUGCGCCCGCGCUCAAGGCAUUAACCCACUCCCCGCCUCCCAAGGCGGCGACAUCCAACCGGGCGACCUCCUCCUCGUCCGCUCCGGCUUCGUCGAGCAGUACCACACCCUGCCAGCCCAGGAACGCACCGCCGCCGCGCGCCGCUCCCACGCCGACCUCCGCUGGGCCGGGGUCGCGCAGGACGAGGACGUGCUGACCUGGUUGCAUGACUGCUACUUCGCGGCGGUGGCGGGGGAUUCGCCGACGUUCGAGUGCUGGCCGCCCACCCGUGAUGGCGGGCAAGGGUUCAUGCAUCAGGAGUUGCUCGCGUGCUGGGGGAUGAUGAUCGGGGAGAUGUGGGAUUUGGAACGCUUGGCGAGCCGGUGUCGGGAGUUGGGCCGGUGGACCGUCUUUGUGACGAGUGCGCCGGCUAUGGUCUUCGGAGGUGUUGGAUCGCAUGCUAAUGCUACGGCGAUCUUGUAAUUUGGGGGUCUGUCCUUGGAAUCAAGGGAUACUAAAAUGAGGUACAUGCUUAGCGGAUUAGCUAUGCACUGAGGGAUGGUAGUAUUUCCUCACUGGGCAAUGGACGAAGGAGAAAUUCAAGGAUUCUUUCAUUGGCAGCA